AUGCUUUUUGCCAUAUUUCUGUUGGAAGACGUGACUCUGCCAGUCAGGAUGUUCACGGUCAAGAGCUUGAAAAGGAUUAACACCGCUUACUUGCCUUGUAGCGAACCGAUGAGAACACCGAAAACUUUGAAGAUUGCUGAGAUCCAAGCCAGACACAUCGCUGUGGAUUGGGAAUCUCUGGGUUACAACAUCACUCGUUGCCACACUUUCAAUGUCACUAUAUGCUACCACUACUUCUGCGGACACAACGAGAGCAAGGCGGACUGCUUGGACAUGGACCCCAAAGCACCCCAGCAUGUUGUGGAUCACCUGCCUCCCUAUACGAAUGUCAGCCUCAAAAUGAUCCUAACCAACCCGGAAGGAAGGAAGGAGAGCGAGGAGACCAUUAUCCAGACAGAUGAAGACGUGCCAGGCCCUAUCCCUGCCAAGUCGGUGAAAGGAACUCCUUUUGAAGAUAAGAUCUUCCUCAACUGGAAGGAACCUGUGGAUCCAAAUGGCAUCAUUACUCAGUAUGAGGUCAGCUAUAGCAGUAUACGGUCGUUUGAUCCUGCAGUUCCAGUCGCAGGACCUCCGCAAACCGUGUCGAAGCUGUGGAACAGCACGCACCACGUCUUCUCACACUUGCAUCCUGGUACUACUUACCAGUUCUUUAUACGUGCAAGCACCGUCAAAGGCUUUGGACCAGCAACCACAAUCAAUGUAACAACCAACAUCUCAGCUCCGACUUUACCGGACUAUGAAGGAGUCGAUGCAUCUCUCAAUGAAACUGCUACUACAAUAACUGUACUCUUGAGACCAGCACAAGCCAAAGGUGCACCUAUCAGUGCCUACCAGAUCGUUGUUGAGGAGCUGCACCCGCACCGAACAAAGCGAGAAACGGGUGCCAUGGAGUGCUACCAAAUCCCUGUCACCUAUCAGACCGCUCUUAGCGGAGGGUCACCGUAUUACUUUGCUGCUGAGCUGCCCCCGGGAAACCUGCCAGAGCCAGCCCCCUUUACCGUGGGUGACAACAGGACUUACCAAGGUUUCUGGAACCCGCCACUGGCUCCUCGGAAAGGCUACAACAUCUAUUUCCAGGCCAUGAGCAGUGUUGAGAAGGAAACCAAAACUCAGUGUGUUCGAAUAGCUACAAAAGCAGCAGCAACAGAAGAACCUGAGGUGAUUCCGGAUCCAGCUAAACAAACAGAUCGAGUGGUGAAAAUAGCAGGAAUAAGUGCUGGAAUUCUGGUAUUCAUCCUACUUCUCCUUGUUGUCAUAUUGAUCGUCAAAAAAAGCAAACUUGCAAAGAAGCGCAAGGAUGCCAUGGGGACCACCCGCCAGGAGAUGACACACAUGGUGAAUGCGAUGGAUAGGAGUUACGCUGACCAGAGCACCCUGCAUGCAGAGGAUCCCCUUUCAAUCACAUUUAUGGACUCUCAUAACUUCAGCCCCAGAUUGCCCAAUGAUCCACUUGUGCCGACAGCUGUGUUAGUGCCUAUUACUGAUGAAAAUCACAGUGCAACAGCAGAGUCCAGCCGGCUCCUGGAUGUUCCUCGUUACCUUUGUGAAGGCACUGAGUCCCCAUACCAGACUGGGCAGCUGCACCCUGCCAUCAGAGUGGCUGAUCUGCUGCAGCACAUUAACCUAAUGAAGACCUCUGACAGCUAUGGAUUUAAAGAGGAGUAUGAGAGUUUCUUUGAGGGGCAGUCAGCUUCUUGGGAUGUCGCUAAGAAGGAUCAAAACAGAACAAAGAACCGCUAUGGAAACAUUAUAGCAUAUGACCACUCCAGGGUGAUUUUGCAACCUGUUGAAGAUGAUCCAUCUUCAGAUUACAUUAAUGCCAACUACAUAGAUAUUUGGCUGUACAGGGAUGGAUAUCAGAGGCCAAGUCACUACAUUGCAACCCAAGGUCCAGUCCAUGAGACCGUGUAUGAUUUUUGGAGAAUGAUAUGGCAGGAGCAAUCAGCUUGCGUUGUGAUGGUCACGAAUUUAGUGGAAGUUGGGAGAGUCAAGUGUUACAAGUACUGGCCUGAUGACACAGAAGUUUACGGUGACUUCAAAGUGACUUGUGUAGAGAUGGAGCCCCUUGCGGAGUACGUUGUCAGGACCUUCUCUCUGGGAAGGAGGGGCUACAACGAAAUCCGUGAAGUUAAACAGUUUCAUUUCACCGGCUGGCCAGAUCAUGGAGUUCCUUAUAAUGCCACAGGCCUGCUUUCCUUCAUACGGAGAGUCAAAUUAUCUAACCCUCCUAGUGCAGGGCCUAUUGUUGUCCAUUGCAGUGCCGGUGCUGGACGAACAGGUUGUUAUAUUGUGAUCGAUAUCAUGUUAGAUAUGGCAGAAAGAGAAGGUGUUGUGGAUAUCUACAACUGUGUGAAAGCCUUACGGUCCCGUCGCAUAAACAUGGUACAGACAGAGGAGCAGUACAUCUUUAUUCAUGAUGCCAUUCUAGAAGCUUGCCUGUGUGGAGAAACUGCCAUUCCUGUCUGCGAAUUCAAAGCUGCUUAUUUUGAUAUGAUUAGAAUAGACUCUCAGACAAACUCUUCACAUCUCAAAGAUGAGUUUCAGACCCUGAAUUCUGUGACCCCUCGCCUGCAAGCGGAGGACUGCAGCAUAGCCUGCUUGCCAAGGAACCAUGACAAGAACCGCUUCAUGGAUAUGCUGCCACCUGACAGAUGUCUGCCUUUCUUAAUUACUAUUGAUGGGGAGAGCAGCAACUACAUCAAUGCUGCUCUUAUGGACAGCUACAGGCAGCCAGCAGCUUUUAUUGUCACACAACAUCCUUUACCAAACACUGUGAAAGAUUUCUGGAGAUUAGUGUAUGACUACGGCUGUACUUCCCUUGUGAUGUUAAAUGAAGUCGACUUAGCACAGGGCUGCCCACAAUACUGGCCCGAGGAAGGGAUACUGCGGUAUGGCCCCAUCCAAGUGGAAUGCAUGUCGUGUUCAAUGGACUGCGACGUCAUAAGCCGAAUUUUCAGGAUAUGCAAUCUAACAAGACCACAAGAGGGCUAUCUGAUGGUGCAGCAAUUCCAGUAUUUGGGAUGGGCUUCUCACAGAGAUGUACCAGCUUCCAAGAGAUCCUUCUUGAAGUUAAUUCUCCAGGUUGAAAAAUGGCAAGAGGAAUGUGAAGAAGGGGAGGGCCGGACCAUCAUCCAUUGCCUAAACGGCGGAGGCCGGAGUGGGAUGUUCUGUGCCGUUGGCAUUGUGGUUGAGAUGGUAAAAAGGCAGAACGUGGUGGAUGUUUUCCACGCCGUGAAGACUUUGCGGAACAGUAAGCCCAACAUGGUAGAAACUCCGGAGCAGUAUCGCUUCUGCUACGAUGUUGCGCUGGAGUACUUGGAAUCCUCUUAGUUGGAAUGGAUGUGACAAAGUUCACCAAAUACAUGAAUCUCAAUAAGCUGUUUUGACAACAGUUCUUGAUCCUGUGAAGAAAGAUUUUAGGGGAAGAGGGGGGGUGGGAGGGAUUUUAAAUUUUAAAUGCAAAGUAUUUUUCUUAUGAAGUUGUGUAUCUUAAUAAAAGAACUCAAUCUGUUUCUAUGCUUGUAUACAGUAUCAACAUUUAGUGCCACAUAAAUACUAUUUAAUGAAAACCAGAGUCAGAAGAGAUUUGCGCAAAUUAGGACUUUUCAGUGUUUGUAUAUGCAGCCGUCUCUCAAUUACAGUAGAGCGACCAUCUGUUGCAUGUAUCAAUAUUUCCUAGAUGGUAUUAAUUUUUCUUUUUUUUUCCUUUUGAUACAUUGUUAAAGUACAAUAACAGUGCAAAUUGAUAGUAAGGUUCAUUCUUUAUACGUUUC